GAAAGUGCGACUUGACGGUAAAAGGUGAUGUGAGACAGUGAGAGUUAAAAGACUUAAAAGCGCGUGCGCCUUUUCAUUUACACAAUAUUACAGACCAAUCUCCAGUAGCCUAAACCAGUAACAGGUUAAAAACAUUGUAUAAUGAUGUACUCCCACAAUGCACCGCAUCGUGUCAACUGACAGUGCACACUGACCUUUUUUCACGAUCUAGGGAAGCCUGAGCAUUUAUAUCAAGCGAAUAAUUAAGGAGUUUUGUCGUGCUCGUGAUCAUCAUGAGCGCCAUGAGGACCAUGUUGGCCUCGAUCGGGCUGGUCGGGGUUGUCGGUGUCGGCUACGGAAUGUGGGCCAUGAUUUCACCUGGAGAGGAGAGGAAAAGGGAAAUGCUGAAGAAUCUGCCCGAGGCCAACCCCCUCCGAAUGGAGGAGAGCAGGAGGAGAAAUGCCCUCAUGCUCCAGGUGCUGAAAGAGGCUGCAGAGACCAAUGAAAACAUUGCACGUGGAUUUGGAGGCCAGAAAUGAUGGAAUGAAACUUCACAUAUCAGACUUUAACAUGCUACCGGGAUUAUGUACAUACAUGGGAGGAAAAGUAUAAUGCUACAGUGAUUUAUUUAAAUAAAUUAUCUGCAAAUGCUCCAUGUCAUAGGCUAUGACGUUGGUUAUUAUAUGAUGGACAUGGUCGUGAAUGGCACUGACAGAUUUGUUUUGCUUUUGUUUUCCUUCCUGGAUAAAUAAUCUUAAAAUAGUUGGUGUUUUGGACCAUAAGUUCCAAAAACAACUUAAGUUGGCAUGACCUGCUAUUUACUGGUUUUGUGGCUUGUCCAAAAACCUGGAUUAUCCAACAGGGUUAGUGUUUUACAAGUAAAAUUGUUUAAUGUAUUGUAAUGUAAACCCUUUACUGUAAAUCUCAAUCGUGAACAAGUUCAGUGAAUAGUGUUUCUAGUUUCUAUUACGCUCUGUAAUUGUGCUUGCGUAAUAUCUGCACAGCAAUGACUUGCACGAGUGCAUAACACACACAGCGCUAACACUAAACGCUUCCGGUUUUUAAGGUCAUUGAAAACACGACAUUUUUCACAAUGCGUCCAAAUUCUUGACAGAGUUCGUGCUGGAGGAUAAGUCUAUGUAUCAAUAUUAAAAAUGUUAGGAAGUUUUUUGGAAAUUAGAACGCGUCAUUGUUUAUAAACAGCUGAAAACAGUACAAAAGGAGCUUUGACGCGUUCUCCAGAACAUGUCAAAUCCAACGCCACUACCGGCGAAGUCGAGUCAAGUCGACUGCUGGAGCUGUCGAAUCCUCUCGGGCGGUGGGCUGCUGGCUGCAGGCGGAUAUGUGUACAUGCAAGCGCAGAAAUUAAAGCAUUUAAGUGGACCCACAUCUAUGGGCAGAGUGGCUCAAAUCAUGUUCGCAGCAGGUUUGGCUUCUUGGGGCCUCGUGGUGAUCGCUGAUCCAGUGGGAAAGAAAACAAGAAAAGAAUAGCAUUGCACUUUCUGCUCCUACAAUGACAAGACUUUUAGAUUAGAAUGAAUCACCAAAGCCACAUCUCAUGAUGCUACAAAGUUCAAAUUUUACGCCAAUGUACAUUCAAACCGUGAAAAUUAAAUGAAUCAUAUUGCA